AUGGUUGUUGACCUCGAUCUUCAGGAAGCGGAACCAUCGUCGCUGACAGCAGCAGCUGGACAUGGGCGAUCCGGUGUCGUGAAGUACGAAUUGGAAUGGAAGAACAUCGUGACGAUCGCGACGGAGAUUAAUCUGCCCGAAUUACGGCAGCUGGCCGUCCGUGGUGAACUGCGUGCAUCACCAUUUCGCAGCAUAUGUUGGGCCAUUUUUCUUGGCGUGCUAGAAACGCCCGCUCUUACCAGCUGGCCGCAACAGCGUUCCGAUGCCCGGGCACACUACCAUCACCUGAAGGAGCAGUUUGUGCUGAACCCGCACCAACAAACGACGGACAUUCGGGACGAUCCACUCUCUCAGUCGAAGCAAAGCCUCUGGAAUCAACACUUUUGUGAUCAGGAACUAUGCGCUGUGAUAAAGCAAGACGUCGUACGCACCUUUCCCGGGGUGGACUUUUUUCGCAAACCGACGAUACAGGAACUGAUGACGAACAUCCUAUUCUGCUAUGCGAGACAAUUUCCGGCGAUGUGCUACAGGCAGGGAAUGCAUGAAAUUCUCGCCCCGCUCAUUUUCGUUAUCCACAGCGAUCAGCAAGCGUUGGCUCACAUACAGGAACUACAUCCGGACGUUGACCGGACAUUGCUCACAGUUCUGGAUCCACAGUAUCUUGAAGAAGAUUCCUAUGCCUUGUUCUCCAAAAUUAUGGCCCAGAUUGAAUCGUUCUAUCGUAUCACGGAUGUUGUACCGACGGCAACUGGUUACUUUCCAGCACAGACACCUGGCAGCCCGCUCAGUUCCAGCCCGGCUGGUACCAAACGGAAGCCAGAGGUUGAGGUGGUCGAACAGUUGAACUACAUCAAGGAUAAAAUUCUCAUCAAGGAAGAUCUCCAUCUGCAUAAUCAUCUGCUCAAGCUCGACAUUCCUUUGGCCAUUUUUGGCAUUCGUUGGUUGCGCUUGCUUUUCGGGCGUGAAUUUGCAUUACAAGACUUGCUGCUGCUGUGGGACGCAAUAUUCGGUGAAGGGGAUGAUCUCGGACUCAUUAAUUACGUCGUGGUGGCUAUGCUGAUACGAAUAAGAGAUAAGCUAAUUUAUAGUGACUACACAACCUGCCUUUCGUACCUGAUGCGCUACCCCAGCAACGUGGACAUAGCGCUCGUGAUACGCCAUGCGCUCCAUAUGAAGGCACCAAAAGUUUAUGAACGGCCGGCCGGUGCAAUGAUCUUCCUUUCGUCACCGUCAAAGCGUCAUACGCACGUGCCACAGGCCCAGCGUUCGAAAACGGUCGAAAUGUCUCAGCUAAAGUAUUCCACACUACCAACCGUUCACCAGCGCCGUGGGCAGGUCACUGCCGAUCAUCCGCUGCAAAGCGGAACAGCGUCGUCCGGUGGUGCUGCAAGCGGUAUGGACGAACGAUAUCGGACCAGUUCACUACCAAGAAACAGCAGCUCUUCAAUGCGGAAGGCAACGGCUGUCGAGCUGCGUCAAGCUGCCUGUUUGGCUACUAAGAAAGCGAUCACCGAUUCAUCCCACCCGGAUGUUCGUGAUCCAACCGUCACGGAUGGCUAUCGUGAGGAUGAUCCCGAACUGUUACGGAUCGAGCUGCAAAAUGCGUACAACAUCAUGUCCGUCGGUCGGGCAAAAUUGCUCCAAUAUUUAACCGUACUGCGACGUAACAUUCGACCCACGAACCCGCAAGGCGAGCUGCAACAAUCGCUCGAAGGUAUAGAGGAGAUCUGCUCAUUAUUAAAGCCACGCUACGAUACCGUGUUUCGCGUUCCCGCACCGAUCGAUGCAGCGACGGAAGCGAACGAAGAGGAGCCCCAAAAAGCUAGAAAACCAUUGCCUGGUAGUGCGAAAUUAAUUUCAGAACAACCGCAUGCAAAUAAUAUCCAGCGUACGCAAACGCCUCCGAGCAGUUUAAACCUAACGCGCUCAUACAAUUAUGAUCUCGACUGCCGGAGAAACAGUGCAUCACAAUCGAGCGGAACGCAGUAUGAAAUCCCGGAAGAUCGGUACAGCAAACUGGCGACCAAGAAGCUGGCCAACCGGAAGGAGGUCGAGAUGAAUGUGUUCACAAAAGAUUUCACCGACCGCCAUCGGCGGAUCGAUGAUAAGGAUCUGCCCAGCACAAAUCCACUCGGCAACGGGGAACGAUCAGAAUGACGACAAUC